AUGGUGGCUAUGCUGAAGCGAGUGAAAUUGUUCCAAAUUGUUUUGUCCGACACAAAGACUUUCUAUUGCGGCGGGGACACGCUUUCCGGCCGAGUAGAAGUGGAAGUGAACGAAGUGACGCGGGUGUCCGCAGUCAGGCUACUCGGUUUGGGAUGCGCCAAAGUGGAAUACGCCAAAGGGAAGCAACGCUGUCGACAGGAGGCCGAAUAUCUCCGACACGAAGCCGUUUUAUCUCUUCAAGAUCAACCAACAGACUCUGACGGCUCGGUUGUUUUGAGACCAGGCAACAAAUACGAGUACAAGUUUAGUUUCGAACUCCCCCAACACGGGAAGCUGGUGUCGUCUUACAAAGGCAAGUUUGGGUACGUCCACUAUUAUGUCAAGGCUAAACUGGAAAGACCUCAGCAGCCCACCAUGGAAUGCAAGAAACAUUUUGAAGUGGAAGAACCUCUCGAUGUCAACACGCCAGACCUGCUGUGUCCCACCGGCGGCAUGAAAGAGAAGAAAGUCACCUGCAUGUUCAUCCCCGACGGCCAGGUGUCGCUCAACGCCAAAAUCGACCGACGCGGCUUCUGCGAGGGCGAGGACAUUUGCAUCAACGCCAAAUUCGAGAACACGUGCUCGCGCAUCGUGAUUCCCAAGGCCGCCAUCAUCGCCAAGCACACUUACCAGGCCAACGGCCGCACCAAGGUCUUCCGCCAGAAGCUGUCGUCGGUGCGAGGGAACCACAUCAUCUCGGGAAUGUGCGACGCCUGGCAGGGCAAAACCAUCCGAGUUCCCAAGAUCAAACCGUCGAAACUGGACUGCGACUUGAUCCGAAUGGAGUACGCCUUAAUGAUUUACGUCCACAUCCCCGGAAGCGAAAAGCUGAUCCUGGAGCUGCCCUUAGUCAUCGGGACGGCCGGUUUGGGCAGCCGGAGCAGCAGCGUCAGCAGCCAGGAAGGCUCGGUCAGCUGGGUGUCGCUCGGGAUGCCCGAGCUCCCCAGCUACCGCGACGUCACCCGCGACAUCCGAAUGGAUCAGCCGCUCACGCCGCUCCUGGAUUCUUUCGACGGCGACGACAGCCCCAUCUUCAUGAACCCGCCCGCAUUCUGUUUCCCGCCGCCUCCCGUCUACUCAGAGACAGAGGAGGAGUUCAACCUGAACGCUCACAUGUUGCCAGUGUGCUGA